GUUUUGUCCAGGGUAGUAGUUUCUACAGAAGGGGUCUCAAGGGCAGCAAUUUCUGUAGAAGUGGGUCCUGCAAAAGUGGUUUCAAGUGUCGUUGUUUCUUCAGAAGUGGUGCCAAAGGUACUAGUUUCUGCAAAAUGGUGCCAAGAGUAGUAGUUUCUGCAGAAGUGGUUCCAAGGGUAGCAGUUUCUGCAGAAGUGGUAUCCAAGGUAGUAAUUUCUUCAGAAGUGGUUCCCAGGGUAGUAAUUUCAACAGAAGUGGUGCCAAGACUAGUAGUUUGUGCUGAAGCGGUAGUUGUUCCAGCAGUUGUCAUUCCUGGUCUGGAUGUUUCCAAAACUAUUCCUGUUGAACUAACAGAGGGUGUUGUUUCUGCAGAACUCAAAGAAGUCAAUGGUAUAUCAAAGUAAACUAUUGUGCUAUUCAAUGUAGUAUGUUCUGUAUGUGUGGGAGUGCUUGAUGAAAGUGUUCUUUGGGUUGUUUCAGGAAUUUCUUCAAAUUCCUCACAAGGAAUAGUGGGUAUGGCAUCAAAGUCUGAAAGAUCAAAAUCUGUCCCAAACUCUACAUCAGCAACAGCAGGAGUUGUAGUUUUGGUGAUUCUGCCUGGUUGUGUAGACACACUGGAGGCUUCUACUUUUAUGGUUGUACCAAGAGUUAUAUCAGCUGGCCUGAAGGGAACUGUGUUUGUCCUUGUUGUGGAGUCUGGAUAUGAAGGUGUGCUGGAUGGAAAUAUCCUUGGGGUCGUUUUACGGGUUUCUUCAAAUUCCCCACAAGGAAGAGUGGGCAAGACAUCAAAGUCUGAAAGGUCAAAGUCUGUCCCAAACUCUACAUCAGCAGCAGCUGUAGUUUUGGUGAUUCUGUCUGGUUGUGUAGACACACUGGAGGCUUCUACUUUUAUGGUUGUACCAAGAGUUAUAUCAGCUGGCCUGAAGGGAACUGUUUUUGUCCUUGUUGUGGGGUCUGGAUAUGAAGGAGAGUUAGAUAGAAGUAUCCUUGGGGUCGUUUUAGGGGUUUCUUCGAAUUCUCCACGAGGAAGAGUGGGUAUGACAUCAAAGUCUGAAAGGUCAAAAUCUGUCCCAAACUCUAUAUCAGCAGCAGCAGAAGUUGUAGUUUUGGUGAUUCUUCCUGGUUGUGCAGACACACUGGAGGCUUCUGCUUUUUCGGUUGUACCAAGUGUUAUAUCAAGUGGCCUGAAUGUAACGGUGUUUGUCCAUGUAGCGGGGUCUGGAUGUGUAGGUGUGCUGGAUGGAAGCAUCCUUUGGGUCGUUUUAGGGUUUUCUUCCAACUCCCCACAUGGAACAGUGGGUUUGACGUCAAAAUCUGAAAGACCAAAAUCUAUCCAAAACUCUCCAUCAGCAUGA